AUGGCGUCCCUCGCCCUGAAGCUCAACUCCGUCCUCAAGCCCAAGUACGAGCUCAUGGCGGGCGCGAGGACCAACGUCCUCUUCCUCCGCGCAGAGCUCGAGAGCAUGCACGCCUUCCUCGAGAAGCUCUCCAGGGUGCGUGACCCGGACGCCCAGGCCAAGACCUGGACCAAGGAAGUGAGGGAGCUGGCCUACGACAUCGAGGACACCAUGGAUGAGUUCAUGCACCGUGCCCAUGCCCACAGUGCUAGCACAGGCACCGCUAACUGUGGGUCAAGUGGAGGCGUUCUAAGGUUCACUGGACGCGUUACGUGGCUUGUGAGCACAGUGUGGACGCACCUCCGCCUCGCCAACGAGCUCAAGGGCCUCAAGGCCCGCACCAUUGAGGUGAGCAAGCGGCGAUCGAGGUACAGAUUUGGUGAGGACUUCUGGGUUUCUAGGGACCACAUCGUUGUUGAUCCUCGGAUCAACGUCCUCUAUGCUGAUGUGCCAGAUCUGGUUGGCAUUGAUAGCUCGCUGACUAACAUCGUUGACUGGUUGAUGGAUGGGACCACCGGUCUCAAGGUGCUCUCCAUCGUUGGCUUUGGUGGUCUAGGCAAGACAACUCUUUUGCCAUGGAAGUGUUCCGAAGGAUUGGAAGGCAGUUCAGCUGUCGAGCUUCUGCUGCUGUCACAGAAGCUUGAUGCGAAGAAGCUCUUGAAGGACUUGCUCUCGCAGGUGGCUCAAGAAGAGGUUGACCGCAUGGACACGUGGGAGGAGAGUCAACUCAUGCGCAAGCUGAGGGAGCGCUUGUUAAAUAAAAGGACACUAACCUCAUUUGUACAAGCUACCCUCAUACCUCCUUUAUCUGAGUUUAGAGUCCUGCGAGUGUUAAAUCUCGAGGGAUACCAAGGAUUCAGCGAAAAUUAUCUGAAAGAGGUCAGCAAUUUGUUUCAUUUGAAGUAUUUGAACCUCCGGAGGACAUGGAUUUCUAAUCUCCCACCACAAAUAGGAGACCUGAAAACUUUGGAAACACUAGAAAUAAGAGAUACAAAUAUAGAAGAGUUACCUGGAACAAUAACUGGUCUUCACCAACUCAAGUAUAUACUCAGUGGUGGCCAUACAUGGGGAAAAGUAAAGCUACCAGAUGGUAUAGGGAGCAUGGCAUCCCUAAGAGCCAUACUAGGUUUCGACAUUUGUCGCAGUUCAGCAUGUGCAGUACAAGAACUUGGUAAUCUGCAAAGUUUGAAGGAGGUUGCAAUCAACUGGACAAAUUUUACUUCUGGAAAUGUGAAGCACCUAGAGGCUUUGAUGAGAACUUUAGGGAAACUGGGCACAAGAAACCUUCAAUCCUUUGCAAUCUGCAGUCGCAACUUAGGUUCCCUUGAGUUUCUGGAUUCUUGGUCGCCAGCACCCAAUAGCCUUCAAAAGUUCAGACUAUCAGCAUAUUACUUCCUCCCAAGAGUACCAAGGUGGAUGGCACCACUCUGCAACCUCAUUGAUUUAAACAUUAACAUUGCAGAACUAGCAUAUGAAGACAUAUUAAUACUCAGAGAGUUGCCUUCCCUACUUCGUCUUGACUUAUCGUUGAAAUCACCUCAGAAAGAUGAUACAAUUGUCAUUCAUGGAGUAGGAUUCCCAUACUUGAAAGAGCUCUUCUUCAGCUGUGAAGAAACUUGCUUGCUAUUCGAACCAGCAUCAUUCCUGAAGCUCGAGAGGCUACACACAACAAUCCAUGUAAUCAGAGCAAAGCCAUACAGUCACACAUUUGGCAUUGAACACCUUAAAUCUCUCAAGCAAAUCAGCAUCCAAGUUUUCUGUUAUGGCGCAAAUGCAUCUGAUAUCAAGGAUGUUGAUCAUGCAAUUUCUACUGCUGUGAAUUACAAUCCUAACCAUCCUAGGAUGAACAUCGAAAAACGUGGCAUGGAUUUGAAAUUAGAGGAGAGAAACAAGAGAGAACAUUCCAAAGACAAGAAUCUGGAAAAACCUCCAAGCAAAGAAGAUAUUGGUCAUACAGACAAGAAGAGAAGGAAAUUACAUAUUGAAGAACAUCAUUCGGCAAGUGCAACAUGA